AGGCUUCAGACAUCGGCGCCAUUUAAAGCGGAGAGUUUCCCGGGCGGACGCGCUUCUUCUGCUCGGCUAUUCCGUACUCCCUUCUUCGCUGACAGAAGGCGCCUAGUGGGGUGACUGCUCUUUUCUCUCCCUCUCCCCCUCCUCCCAGUUCUUUCGGUCUCCUCUCCUCCUGGCCUGAGAAGUAGCGGAGCCCGGGCCCCGCGGUGAGCGGCCCUCCCCUCCCCACAGUUCCCUCCCUCCUCUGCCCCCGGCGCCGGCCAGAGAGGGGAAGAGGUUCGCCAGGCCCGGGGCGGGCGGGGAGGCCUCGGGGACGGGGGGGGCCGCUCCUCAGGCUUCGAGGCUUCGAGGCUUCGAGGCUUCGGCCCUCAGCAUCUAGUGAUGGGCGCCCUCUGAGACUGGUCCCCUCUCCGGGGCGCGUGCUGCCUGAGGCGGCGGCCGAGAGACCGGGAACCCGGGCCGCGGCCCUCCUUCCCCUGCGCGGCCCCUCCCACUCCUGUGCCCCGGGCUGCCACCGCCCGGCGUCGGGGCUCGUCCCUCGCGCGCAGUGCCUCCGCCCUCAGGGCCUAUCCCGCCGUGCUCGGCGGGCGGGCGGCGGCAGCGGCGGGAGCUCAGCCGUCUUCACUUGGGUCGCAUCCGCUCGCCUGGGAGCCAAUUCCGCGCCCCGCUCCUCAUGACUGCGGCGCUUCUGCUGCCACAGCCCUACCGGCCGCCGCUCGCUGCAGGAUGGAUGCGGACUGUGCGGCGCUAACCCCCGCGGCUCCGCUCCCUCCUCGCCCGCCCCGUGAGCCGCAGCAGCCUCGGUGCCAGCAGCAGCAGCAGCCGCAGCCGGACUCAGCGUCCCGCGUCGCCCUCGGGGCGCCUUGUCAGUGCUGAGUGGGAGUCGUCCGGUGGUUCCGAGCCCGCCGGAGGAGCGCUGCCCAGCACUUCUUGGUGGCUUCUCCGGAGCCACCCUUUCCCCUUCUCAUUCAUAAAUCCGAGCCCGCGUUUCUUCACCGGACCAACCAUGUCUGACGGCGCCGCCGCCGAGAAGCAGAGCGGCACUCCGGGCUUCCUCUCGCCUCCGGCGCCGGUCCCCAAGAAUGGCUCAAGCUCCGAUUCUUCCGUGGGCGAGAAGCUGGGGGCCACGGCCGCCGACUCGGGAAUCGGCAGGACGGAGGAGUACCGGCGCCGCCGGCACACCAUGGACAAGGACAGUCGUGGGGCGGCCGCCACCACCACCCCCACGGAGCACCGAUUCUUCCGCCGAAGCGUCAUCUGCGACUCCAAUGCCACCGCAUUGGAGCUGCCGGGUCUCCCUCUCUCGAUCCCGCAACCUAGUGUCCCCGCAGUGGCGCCUCAGAGCGCUCCGCCUGAGCCUCACAGGGAGGAAACUUUGACCGCCACCGUUGCUUCCCAGGUGUCGCAGCAACCCUCGGCUGCUGCCUCCCCUGGGGAACAAGCCGUUGUCGCCUCGGCCACCGCCACCGUCCCCAGCAGUACCAGCAAAGACCGCCCGGUGUCCCAGCCCAGCCUCGUGGGGAGCAAAGAGGAGCCACCGCCGUCCAGAAGUGGAAGUGGCAGCGGUGGCGCCAGCGCCAAAGAGCAGCAGCAGGAGGAUAGGAACCAGCAACAGGAUGACAUCGAAGAGCUGGAGACCAAGGCAGUGGGGAUGUCCAAUGACGGUCGCUUUCUCAAAUUUGACAUCGAAAUCGGCCGAGGCUCCUUUAAGACGGUCUACAAAGGUCUGGACACCGAAACCACAGUGGAAGUCGCCUGGUGUGAAUUGCAGGAUCGAAAGUUAACAAAAUCUGAGAGGCAGAGAUUCAAAGAAGAGGCUGAAAUGUUAAAAGGUCUUCAACAUCCCAACAUUGUUCGAUUCUAUGAUUCCUGGGAAUCCACAGUAAAAGGGAAAAAAUGCAUUGUUUUAGUGACUGAACUAAUGACAUCUGGAACACUUAAGACGUACUUAAAAAGGUUUAAAGUGAUGAAAAUCAAAGUUUUAAGAAGCUGGUGUCGGCAAAUCCUUAAAGGACUUCAGUUUCUUCACACACGAACUCCACCAAUUAUUCACCGGGAUCUUAAAUGUGACAACAUCUUUAUCACUGGCCCUACUGGCUCAGUCAAGAUCGGAGACCUUGGUCUGGCAACUCUAAAGCGGGCUUCUUUUGCCAAGAGUGUGAUAGGUACCCCAGAGUUCAUGGCUCCUGAGAUGUAUGAGGAGAAAUAUGAUGAAUCCGUUGAUGUUUAUGCUUUUGGGAUGUGCAUGCUUGAGAUGGCUACAUCUGAAUAUCCAUACUCAGAGUGCCAAAAUGCUGCGCAGAUCUACCGUCGAGUGACCAGUGGAGUGAAGCCAGCCAGUUUUGACAAAGUAGCAAUUCCUGAAGUGAAGGAAAUUAUUGAAGGAUGUAUCCGACAAAACAAAGAUGAAAGAUAUUCCAUCAAAGACCUUUUGAACCAUGCCUUUUUCCAGGAGGAAACAGGGGUACGGGUAGAAUUAGCAGAAGAAGAUGAUGGAGAAAAGAUAGCUAUUAAAUUAUGGCUGCGUAUUGAAGAUAUUAAGAAAUUAAAGGGAAAAUACAAAGACAAUGAAGCUAUUGAGUUUUCCUUUGACUUGGAGAGGGAUGUACCAGAAGAUGUUGCUCAAGAAAUGGUCGAGUCUGGUUAUGUCUGUGAAGGUGAUCACAAGACCAUGGCUAAAGCUAUCAAAGAUAGGGUGUCAUUAAUUAAGAGAAAACGAGAGCAGAGGCAGUUGGUUCGAGAAGAGCAAGAAAAAAGAAAACAAGAAGAGAGCAGUUUCAAACAGCAGAGUGAACAACAAGCAGGUGUUUCCCAGGCAGGAAUCCAGCAGCUCUCUGCUGCUAGCACUGGCAUACCCACUGCUCCCACCACUUCUGCUUCAGUUUCUACACAAGUAGAGCCUGAAGAACCCGAGGCAGAUCAACAUCAACAGCUGCAGUAUCAGCAACCUAGUGUAUCUGUGUUGUCUGAUGGAACUGUUGACAGUGGUCAAGGAUCAUCCGUAUUCACAGAAUCCAGAGUGAGCAGCCAACAGACCGUUUCCUAUGGUUCUCAACAUGAGCAGGCACAUUCUACUGGCACAGCACCAGGACAUACAGUUUCUAGUAUCCAAGCACAAUCUCAGCCCCAUGGGGUGUAUCCACCCUCAAGUAUGGCACAGGGGCAGAACCAGGGCCAGCCAUCAAGUAGUUUAGCAGGAGUCCUAUCUUCACAACCCAUCCAACAUCCUCAGCAGCAGGGAAUACAGCCAACUGCUCCGCCUCAGCAGGCAGUACAAUAUUCACUUUCUCAAGCACCAUCUUCCAGUGAAGGCACUACUGUACAACCAGUGAGUCAGCCUCAAGUAUCAGCUGGAACACAGCUUCCAGUUUCCCAGACAGUACCAACUGUCCAAAGUGAACCUCACAUCCCAGUUUCAACACAACCCUCAGUUGUUCCAGUCCACUCUGGUGCUCAUUUCCUUCCUAUGGGACAGCCAGUCCCUACUUCUUUACUCCCACAGUAUCCUGUCUCUCAAAUUCCCAUAUCGACUCCUCAUGUGUCCACGGCGCAGACAGGUUUCUCAUCCGUUCCUCUAACAAUGGCUGCUGGCAUUAAUCAGCCUCUGCUCACCUUGGCUUCAUCUGCUACAGCAUCUUCAAUCCCAGGGGCAUCAACUGUAGCUCCUAAUCAGCUUCCAACCCUUCUGCAGCCUGUGAAUCAGCUGCAGAGUCAGGUUCACCCACAGCUCCUGCAGCCAACAACAGUUCAGUCCAUGGGAAUACCAGCUAACCUUGGACAAGCUGCUGAGGGUCCAGUUCCCUCUGGAGAUGUUCUGUACCAGGGCUUCCCAUCUCGACUGCCACCACAAUACCCAGGAGAUUCAAAUAUUGUUCCCUCUUCCAACGUGGCUUCUGUUUGCCUCCAUUCUACAGUCCUAGCCCCUCCUCCUCCUAUGCCGACAGAAGCACUGGCCACCCAAGGUUACUUUCCUACAGUAGUGCAGCCUUAUGUGGAAUCAACUCCUUUGGUUCCUAUGGGCAGUGUAGGAGGCCAGGUUCAAGUGUCCCAACCAGCAGUGAGUUUAACGCAACAACCCCCCACUGCAUCCUCCCAGCAAGCAGUUCUGGAGAGUACUCAGGGAGUCUCUCAGGCUGCUCCUUCAGAACAAACUCCAAUAACACAGUCACAACCUGUUCCAUUGGUUUCCUCUGUAGACAGUGCACAUUCAGAUGUUGCUUCCGGUAUGAGUGAUGGCAAUGAGAAUGCUCCAUCAUCCAGUGGGAGGCAUGAAGGGAGGACAACAAAACGUCAUUAUCGAAAAUCUGUAAGAAGUCGCUCUCGGCAUGAAAAGACUUCUCGCCCAAAACUGAGGAUUUUAAAUGUUUCAAAUAAAGGAGACCGAGUAGUAGAAUGUCAAUUGGAGACUCAUAAUCGGAAAAUGGUUACAUUUAAAUUUGACCUAGAUGGUGACAACCCUGAAGAGAUAGCAACAAUUAUGGUGAACAAUGACUUUAUUCUAGCAAUAGAAAGAGAGUCUUUUGUGGCUCAAGUGCGGGAAAUUAUUGAAAAGGCUGACGAAAUGUUAAGUGAGGAUGUCAGUGUGGAGCCUGAGGGUGACCAGGGAUUGGAGAGUCUGCAAGGAAAGGAUGACUACGGCUUUCCAGGUUCUCAGAAAUUAGAAGGAGAGUUCAAGCAACCAAAUGCUGUAUCUUCCAUGCCACAACAAAUAGGUGUUCCUACCAGUUCUUUAACACAAGUCGUUCAUUCUGCUGGAAGACGGUUUAUAGUGAGUCCAGUACCAGAAAGUAGGUUACGAGAAUCAAAAGUUUUCACCAGUGAAAUAUCAGAUCCAGUUGUGGCCUCUACAUCUCAGGGCCCUGGAAUGAACUUAUCUCACUCUGCUUCAUCCCUCAGCCUCCAGCAGGCUUUUUCUGAACUGAAACAUGGUCAGAUGACUGAAGGACCCAAUACAGCACCUCCAAAUUUUAAUCACACAGGACCAACAUUUUCUCCCUUUUUGGCUAGCAUUGCUGGUGUCCAAACUGUAGCAGCAUCCACACCAUCAGUAUCAGUCCCUAUAACAAGCAGCCCUCUUAAUGACAUUUCCACAUCGGUGAUGCAGUCUGAGGCUGCACUGCCUACUGAAAAAGGCAUUGUGGGAGUUACCCCCAUCACAGGUGUGGUAGCUUCAGGUGGUCUCACCACAUUGUCUGUGUCUGAGUCACCAACACCUGCCAGUGCGGUUUCAAGUUCUACAGUACCUGCAGUUGUCACUGUGUCGACACCAUCCCAGCCAGUUCAGGCUUCCACAUCUGGGAGCAUUGCUUCUAGUACAGGCACUUUUCCUUCUGGAACAUUUUCCACAACUACAACUACUACAGUGGGUAGUGUAGCGGCCUCAAAUGCUAAGCCUCCAACUGUAUUAUUGCAACAGGCAGCAGGUAAUACUGCUGGAGUAGCCAUAGUGACAUCAGUCUCUACUACCACUCCGUUCCCAGGCAUGGCUUCACAGCCGUCCCUUCCACUUAGUAGCAGCACCUCUGCUCCUACUCUAGCUGAAACAGUGGUGGUUAGUGCACACUCACUAGACAAGGCAUCUCACAGUAGUACAGCAGGAUUGGGUUUGUCCUUCUGUGCACCAUCCUCUUCUUCCUCCUCUGGAACAGCUGUGUCUAGUUCUGUUUCUCAGCCUGGUAUGGUUCAUCCUUUGGUCAUCUCCUCAGCUGCAGCGUCUACACCUGUCCUUCCCCAGCCAACAGUACCUACUUCUACACCUUUAUUACCCCAAGUACCUAAUAUCCCACCCUUGGUACAACCUGUUGCUAAUGUGCCUGCUGUACAGCAAACACUCAUUCAUAGUCAACCUCAACCAGCUCUGCUUCCCAACCAGCCUCACACACACUGUCCUGAAAUGGAUGCUGAUACCCAGUCCAAAGCUCCUGGGAUUGAUGAUAUAAAGACUCUAGAAGAAAAACUGAGAUCUCUCUUUAGUGAGCAUAGCUCAUCUGGAACUCAGCAUGCUUCUGUCUCCCUAGAGACACCUUUAGUAGUAGAGACAACUGUCACACCAGGCAUCCCCACCACUGCUGUAGCACCAAGUAAACUCAUGACUUCCACUACAAGUACUUGCUUGCCACCCACCAGUUUACCAUUAGGAGCAACUGGCAUGCCAGUUAUGACAGCGGGCACACCUGGACAGGUUUCUACCCCAGGCACACAUGCUUCAGCCCCAGUCAGCACUGCAACAGGAGCAAAACCUGGAACAACUCCCCCAAAGCCAUCGUUAACUAAGACUGUGGUGCCGCCAGUGGGUACUGAACUUUCAGCUGGUACUGUACCCUGUGAGCAGCUGCCACCUUUUCCUGGACCUUCUCUAAUUCAGUCCCAGCAACCACUAGAAGAUCUUGAUGCUCAGUUGAGAAGAACACUUAGUCCAGAGACUAUUACAGUGACAUCCGCAGUUGGUCCUUUGUCUACGAUGUCUUCAACAGCAGUUACAGAAGCAGGAACUCAGCUUCAAAAGGAUGGCACUGAAGGUCAUGUCACAGCAACUAGUUCAGGAGCUGGUAUUGUUAAGAUGGGGCGAUUUCAGGUUUCAGUUACAAUGGAUGAUGCCCAGAAAGAGCGUAAAAAUAGGUCAGAAGAUACAAAGUCGGUUCAUUUUGAAUCUAGCACAUCAGAGUCAUCAGUUCUUUCAAGUAGUAGUCCAGAAAGUACUCUGGUAAAGCCAGAGCCUAAUGGAGUUACUAUUUCUGGCAUCUCCUUAGAUGUGCCAGACAGUACCCACAAAACACCUACCCCAGAAGCAAAGUUAGAAGCAGGGCAGCCUACCAAGGUUGGACGUUUCCAGGUGACAACUACAGCCAACAAAGUGGGUCGUUUCUCUGUUUCAAGAACUGAGGACAAGGUCACAGAGCUCAAAAAAGAGGGACCAGUGACCUCUCCUCCUUUCAGAGAUUCAGAACAAACUAUUAUUCCUGCUGUGAUACCAAAGAAGGAGAAGCCUGAACUGGCAGAACCUUCUCAUCUGAAUGGGCCAUCUUCAGACCUGGAGGCUGCCUUUCUAAGUAGGGGUACAGAGGAUGGCUCAGGUAGUCCACACUCUCCCCCUCACCUGUGUUCAAAGAGCCUUCCCAUCCAGAAUCUAAGUCAAAGCCUUAGUAAUUCAUUCAACUCCUCUUACAUGAGUAGUGACAAUGAGUCCGACAUUGAAGAUGAAGACUUAAGGUUAGAACUGCGACGACUGCGAGAAAAACAUCUUAAAGAGAUUCAAGACCUGCAGAGUCGCCAGAAGCACGAAAUUGAAUCUUUAUAUACUAAACUGGGCAAGGUUCCCCCUGCUGUCAUUAUUCCCCCAGCUGCUCCUCUGUCAGGAAGAAGGAGGAGACCUACUAAAAGCAAAGGCAGCAAGUCUAGUCGCAGCAGCUCAUUGGGCAAUAAAAGCCCACAGCUUUCAGGUAACUUGUCUGGUCAGAGUGGAACUUCAGUCUUACACCCCCAACAGACCCUUCAUCCCCCAGGCAACACCCCAGAGACUGGGCACAACCAGCUGUUACAGCCUCUUAAGCCAUCUCCCUCCAGUGACAACCUCUAUUCAGCCUUUACCAGUGAUGGUGCCAUUUCAGUACCAAGCCUUUCUGCUCCAGGUCAAGGGACCAGCAGCACAAAUACCGUUGGAGGAACAGUGAGUAGCCAGGCUGCCCAGGCCCAGCCUCCUGCCAUGACUUCCAGUAGGAAGGGCACAUUCACAGAUGACCUGCACAAGUUGGUAGAUAACUGGGCCCGAGAUGCCAUGAAUCUUUCAGGCAGAAGAGGCAGCAAAGGACACAUGAAUUAUGAGGGCCCUGGAAUGGCAAGGAAGUUCUCUGCUCCUGGGCAGCUGUGCAUUUCCAUGACCUCAAACCUGGGUGGCUCUACCCCCAUCUCUGCAGCAUCUGCUACCUCUCUAGGUCACUUCACCAAGUCCAUGUGCCCCCCACAGCAGUAUGGUUUUCCAGCUGCCCCAUUUGGCACUCAGUGGAGUGGAACAGGUGGUCCAGCACCACAGCCCCUUGGCCAGUUCCAACCUGUUGGAACCACAUCCUUGCAAAAUUUCAACAUCAGCAAUUUGCAGAAGUCCAUCAGCAACCCCCCAGGUUCCAACCUACGGACCACCUAGUCAGCAGCAAGGAUGUUAACUGAGUAGAUUUGGGGGCAGGAAAUGGAAUGCUGGGGGGUGGGGGGUGGGGAAGUAGCCUAUAUACUAACUACUAGUGCUGCAUUUAACUGGUUAUUUCUUGCCAGAAGGGAAUGUUUUUAAUACCAUUUUGAACCCUCAGAAUGGAGAACCACCCUCCUUCUCCAUUUGUUGGAAUUAAAAAAGAAGGAAAGAACAGCUUUCUGGUGGAGGGGCUGCCUGAGUCUGCUUUUCUGUUUUUGUACCCACCAGUAAGGCCUAGAGCUAUAAGAGAGCCUUGUUACCAGAAAGCCCCAAGAGCUCAAUGUAAGCCAAACCCGAUAUAUAUCUCUAAGUGGGUAGAGCUCUUAAUUUUGACAUGUGCCCCAACCAAAUUCCUUAUUUCCUCAACAGUGCACACCUUAAGACAAAGGUUCUCUCCCACUCUGAUCCCUAUCCCCACUUAUUUUUUCCUUUUACAACCUAGUGAAAAACACCAGGGGACUGGGGUCGCAACCCUUUCUUACAUAGGUCAUUAAUGCUUUAAGCAAAAGAUAUUAGCAGCUUUGACUGCGGCAUUAGCAAUUAGGGAAAACAAUGAUGUUCCCUGUGGACAUGUAACUUUGCCAUCAGUUUUGAUGUGGAAACACUGUGAUAUAUAAAUGUUGUUGGACAACAUUAGUUUUAAGAGUAAAAUUUGAAAGGUUUAAAAGGUUCACACACACACACAAAAGCUAGCUCUGUCCUUUACUUAUUAAGACACUUUAAAUUUUUCCUUUGUAUUUCCAUUGUAUUAGAUAAAUAAAUGUGAAUGUAAAAUUGUAUAAAUUACUGUACUUGAAUACUUCUGUUCUCCCAGUAUUGCUUGCUGGAUAUUUUAGUGCCUUGGACUUCUAUUGCUUCUGCUGUUAGCAUCAACUUAACCAGACCCCAGGUCACCAACGGGUAUGUGGAAAGAAAUCUUAGGUCCACAUGACCCUAGCAGUGGAUAUGCCAAAGGGAAAAUGAAAGUGUUUUUGGUUUUGGUUUGGUUUAUUUUUUUUGUUUUGUUUUUGUUUUUUUGUUUGUUUUUUUUUUUCAGCCGUUCAACAGUUUUGUGUAGAGCAGGUGUAAGAUGAGCACAGUGAGGUUGGCAUCAGUGUUGAAAACAAAGUUCUGUUUCAGAAAGAAUGAGGAGGGUUGUGAGCUGUGUGAAGGACAAGGAGUGGGUAUGUGGGGACAAGCCCUUUUGAAGUGAUGCCUGGCCAGUGAACAAACAAGACCUAGAAGAAAUUAAACAAAAUGAGAGGGGAGCAGGCUAGAUUUUAAGUUGGGAAGGAUGACAGUGCCAAGUCACAGAUGGAAAAUGUUGCUCUAAGGAAGGAAACCUGCUUGGUUGCCCCCCCCCCCCCACCUCUGUUGCACAUGUACCACACAUUUCUCUGCUCUAAGUACUGUAUUGUGGGAACUUGACCCACAGCUGACUUUCUAAGCAUUGUAGGAAAACAUGCUUCUUUCCUUUCCUACCCCUGUCCAAAUGGCUGCACAGUCACAAUUUAUUGUGCUGCCUGCACAUCUAUAUUAGAACUAAUACUCUCACGUUUUAAUACCUAUAUCCCCAAAUAACAGCAACCAACCAGUAUUAUCUAAUUUUCUGGCAAUAAGGACCUAAUUGGCUGUUAGGGAUCUGAAUAUUCUGGAAAAGUGGAGAAAAGUAGAACUCAUUUCUUAGGUGCUUCCUCCUUCACCUUGAGUUGGGAACUGACACAUUUCCAACUUUAUGACACAUCCCAGGAGUUGCCACACUAGCAAGGCUUCUUCCUUUAAGAGUCCUGUUCUUUUUAGGUUGGUCGAGGCCCAGAGAUGCAAGUGAGAGCUGAAAGUUUUAGGAGAGGGAAGUGUAAGUUUCAGGUCCUGCUACCAAAGUGUUUACUCAGCAAUUCCUUUUGGGAGAGGUAAGCGGCACCAAGGGAGUGAAACAGGUUGCAGGAUGACCGAGUGCUUCGUACCAGCAGUAGAGGGAGCCAUAUGCAGCAUGUGGUGUUUGGUUUUAGUCAUUUUGAGGUCUGUUCCCCCUUCACAGAGGUUUACUUACUGUUGAUUUCCCCCUCCUGUGGAUGAAAUAACUGAAGCCUAGAGAAACAAGCUAGUGCUACUGAGCUGUUUAAAUUAUUUUUGUGUUAAUAGUACACUUUGAGUAUCUUUUUCCACAUUUAAAAAGAACUUUCAGAAUUAUAAAUGUUUUCCUUACGUUAUUUAACAAUGUACACUGUUUAAAACUGAAUUCAAACCUUGGGGUUUCUCAGCAGCCGUUAACUGUACAUUUUGCACUAACUCCGGGUGUUGCGCUUCUUGUAAGAUUGCGCUUUGUGCUUCAGUUUGUUACCUUUGUAGACUUAUUUAAUGAAACCAUUCAAAUAAACCAAACUUGCUUUUGUUGAA